AUGGGUGUUAUACACGACAAGGCCAAAGCAGGGGAUUUAGAAGGCAUCCAAGCGCAUGUGAACGAUCCCGAGACUGCAAGUGAACUCGCUGCAGAACGAGAUUUACAGGAAAACACUGUAUUGCAUAUUGCUUGUAAAUACGGACACGAAUCGAUUGUAGAUUGGGCACUCGCACACGGGAAUGUGGAAGUGGAUGCGCUAAAUGUUGCUGGGGAUACGGCGUUGAUAUUGGCGGCUUCGAAGGGGAUGUUGGGGGUUGUUAAAAAGCUUGUAGCGCGGGGUGCAAACGUCAACCACGCAAACGACCACGGCAACACCGCACUCCACUACGCAUGUUUCUGGCGACACAAACAAGUUGCAGUGUACUUGGCUCAAGAAGCAGGUGCACAUGUAGCUGUCAAGAACAAGUAUCAGCGGACACCGCUUUUGAGGACCAGUGAGGAGAUUAAGGAGGUGUUGAAGGCGGAGGCGGCUGUGGCGAGGACGGUGCAGGCUAAUGCUAGGACGUUUGCACAGGCGAAAGAAGAGGCCAAGCAACGGUUUUUGGCGAAAGGCGGAGUAGACUGGGAAAUCACCGCAACAUCCGUACAAAUAGCACCAACCCCCCUCUCCCGAUCCCGCCACUUUCUAACCCGCCGAGGCCGCUGGAACAACUACGACGUCAUCAUCAAAACCCCACAAGACCAAACAAAUAUCACACCCGACGAUCUAAAUACACUUAAAUCCGAACUCGCUACUCUACGAAAACUAUUUCACCCGAAUUUACUUGUUAUUUUGGGGGCUUGUGUUGUUCCGCCUAAUAUUGGGGUGUUGACUGAGGUUGUUCCUUAUGGUGAUGCGUGGACUUUUUUGCAUGAUGCGAGUGUGGAUAUGAGUCCUGAGGUUGCGAUGGGGAUGGCUGUUGGUGUGUGUCGAGGUAUGGCGUUCCUUCAUGAACAAGAUCCACCAAUCCUGCACGGGAAUCUCAAAUCCCAAAACGUCAUGCUUAUGGACGACGGAACAGUCAAACUAACCGACUACGGCCUAACCUCCCCAAUCUACAACCCCCGCGCAACCCAAUCAAACCGCUACCUCUCCAACGCCGAAUGGCUAGCCCCCGAAAUCCUACGCGGGUACGACCCAACCAUAAAUCGAAAAGCUGUUGAUGUAUAUGCUUUUGGAAUCAUGUUGCAUGAGAUUGCUACUAGGGGCUGGCCUUAUGAGGAUAUGAAUUCUAUGCAUAUUGGUAUCAGGGUUUUGUUGGAGAAUGCGAGGCCGGGAAUUCCGGGGUAUGUGCCGGGGAAUUUGGCGCAGUUGAUGACAAUGUGUUGGGCUUUGGAACCUAGUACCAGGCCAACCUUUACAUCUGCACUAGAAAUCCUUUUUUCGACCCAAAUAUGAUUGUCAGUUUGCGAUAUCCUCUUUCUUGCACUUUUGAAUAGUGACAUGCAAGAAUACGCAUAUGGAUAUAUACGUUGCCA